AUGGCAGAUCAACUUCUAUUGUCAGACAAUACCGAUGAUGAUCAAGCACAAGGUGAUGGAUCAUCGUCUUCAGUUUUGUCGGAUGAUGAAAAUUCUCAGACAUUGACAAAAUCAUUUACAUCUUUUUUAUCCAAUGAAGAUAUCCAUAAUUGUCUUUAUGCAACAAAUAUCAAUUGGAGACGAAGAUUUUCAAUUCAUUUGUCUAAUGGUCAAUCAACUAAUUCAUCAUAUGAUCGACGUGAAAGAGUAUAUUCGGAUAGUUCUACUGGUCAUAUAAAUUUCAAUCGAACAAAUUCAUUCUAUCUUUCACGUUAUCGUAAUUCGCGUUGGUUUCGUUGUCGAACAACAUCAUCAUCAUCAUCAUUUAAUGAAUACAAUUCAUCGAAUUUAAAGGAUAAAAUUUCAUUAUCAAAUUCUACCACGGCUUAUGCUCGUUUGAAACAUUUUACUGAACGAUUACUUGAAUUGGAACGUAAAGCACGUCAAACUGCUUUUGAAAAUAAAUGUGAUCAAAAACUUUCAUCAAAAACGGAUAAAUCAACUGGAAAAGUUGAUCGAUCGUUUAAAACAAACGACGAUCUAAUAUCUUCGAAUGUUAAUCAACGAUAUUUGGAAAAAAAAUCUUUUCAUUUACCAGUACAAAAUCUAUUUAAGACAAAUUCGAAUAUCAAAUUCCGUCGUGUUCAAAGUUAUCCCCAACUGAGAAAAAAAUCAUCGAAUCAUUUUCCAUUACGUAAAAUAAAAACAAUGUCUGCAAUUCAACUAUUAAAAAUGGAAUCUCAAUCUCAUCCUUCAACUCAUUUUCCAUUUCCAGUAACAACUGGAAAUGUUUUUCAAGCAAAAUUAACUCCAGUCGCUAAAGAAAAACAAAUUUCAUUUGAAGUUAAAACAAAUAGUUAUAAUAGAAAAGUCGAAGUUAAAACAAAACAAGAAGAAAUGAUAUGUACAACAAAAAAAUGUCUAUCACCUCUAUCGCCAUCCAUAGUCACUCGUGUAAUUAGAACUGAAACACCAUUUUUACCACAACGUGCUAGUGUAAAUCAACAAAGACGAUCGUCAAUUUCCAAUAGUUCUGUACAAAGUGUUCGUGUCAGUGUAAGUUCAACAGAUCAUGAAAACGAUUUGGCCAAAGCAGUAAAAACACAGUUGUCCUUUCCAUCUUCUUCAAAGAUGAUUCCGAAUGAAGGAAAUACAUCAAACGAUGAUUCUUAUUCAUCAAUUAUAUCAAAUUUCGUCUCGGAAAAUCUUGUUGAAUCAUCAAAAAUCGAUGAAGACGAAACAUUUGAUCGUCGACCUCUACUUGAUCUUAUUAGUGAAUUAAAUCGACGUCAUACAUUAAAUCAAUCGUCAACGAUUCCUCCUCUUGAUAGUGAUCAAUCAAUUAAAGCAAGAACAUUUUCACCAACACCAACAGAUAUUCGACCACCGAAACCAUUAAGUCCCUUUAGACCAGUUAUUGUUCAUAGGAAAUAUCAAGAACCCAUAGGUCGUUUUGAAUUUGUUGAUUCUGGUGACGAUGCAGCUGCAUCAUCAAAUUCAACAUUUAGUCGACGUAAUAGUCGAAUUUCAGUGACACGUAGUCAUACAUUCAAUAAUCCAAAUAAUGUUAAUUCAAAUUCAACGAAAAUAUCUUCCGAUGAAAUAAAAUCACAUGAUAAUGUAACAUGUCAAUCAACGCCUGAAUUAAGUUGUUCGAAUGAAAGAGAAAGAGAAAGAGGAAUAAACCAGUCUGUAGUCAAUAUAGAAGAAUCUUGUGGAAUGUCAACAAACGGUACUAUCCUAACUAGUACAUCACUCACAGGGUUGACUCCUACGUCUAGUGCAACGAUCGACGACAAGAACGAGACAACACAUUCACCUUCUAUAUUCCGCGCAUCAACGCCUAUUCCUAAUGAUCAAUCAUUACUUUCAAAAUUCACAUUGUAUGCCGUUAGACGUCAUCAUUCGGCACCACAACAAGAAUGUCGUUGGCAAGAGGCUAAACGAAAAGCAAUUGCUAUGCAAAUGUAUGACACAGAAAAAUCUUAUGUUGAAGCACUUAAAAAUCUUGUUACGAAAUAUUAUUUACCGAUGAAAGAUAAAGCAGUUAUUUCUAAUGAUCUUGUUAAUGAUAUUUUUUAUAAAAUACCAGAAAUUCAUAUUCAUCAUACGGCAUUUCUUAUUACACUUUCACAGAAACUAUCUGAAUGGGAUAAUAAACAAACCGUGGGUGAUCUUCUAUUACAAAUGUUUACUCGUACAUCUGUUAUUGAAACUUAUACAAGUUUUGUUAAUAACUAUAAAACAGCUCAAAUCGCUAUUCGUCUGUGUCGUGAUUCAUCAUCGUUUAAUAAAUUUCUUGAACAUCAGGCACGUGAUCAUCGUGGAAAAUUAACAUUAAGAGAUUUAAUAAUUCAACCGGUGCAACGUAUUCCAAGAUAUGAAUUAUAUAUAAAAGAUUUUCUUAAAUGUACAAACUUAAAUCAUCCAGAUUAUCAAUUAUUGCUUAAAGCACAAUCUGAAAUCCAUUCAUUAGCGGAACAAAUAGAUCAAGUACAGAAAGAUGUUGGUUCAACUGAGUUAACAGUUACAAAUAAUUCAUUAGAAGCUGUUCAAGAUAUGAUUGAAAAUUUAAAUGAUUUAGCCAAUGCUGACCGUUAUUAUAUUCGUCAUGAUGUUGUUACACUUCAAUCGCCAUCGGGAUUAAAAAAAGAUCGAUACGUCUUUUUAUUUAAUGAUUUACUUAUUAUAACAAGUUGUAAACGACGAAGUGGAACUUUAACUAAAAAGCCAACUACUUCAGUUAUUGUAAAUUCUCCAUCCGGAAAACAAUAUAUUGAUAAUGCAAAGCAUAAAUUAAUUAUGAAAAUCUCAUUGGAAAGUAUUGAUUUAGCUGCAGAUCAUUUGAAAAAAAGAGGAACACCACCAUCAAUGAUGAAAUUUCAUUCGACUACAAGUAAUAGUGGAGAUAAAUGUCGACAUUUAGAAGAUGAUGUUGCUACUCUUGGACAAAUGACCGAUUUGGCUAAAACAAUAACUGUGCCUCAUCAACAAUUAGAUGAGUCAAUAAAAGAAGUUCUUCAUACAGUUAAUAAACAUAUAACAGAUGAAACAGUAUCGAUGACAAGUGUUAGAACAGCAAGUCCUGAACCAAUAAUUCCUGUUGAUCAUAAUCAACAAAAAUCAAAUAAUAUUCAAUUAACAAUUCAUACAGCUGAGCGUAUCGAAACAAUAGAUGUUUUAUUUUCAUCGCCUGAACUUAAAGCAACAUGGGCAAAGAGUUUUCUUGAAGCGAAGAAAGCUCUUUUUGAAGUUGCUGCUGGACGAAGGAAUAUUAGUUUUCAAAAUGUACUUACUCUUCCACAUAGUCGACCUGGGAGUCAAUUUUCCUGUGGUACCGCUCGUUUAUCAUUAGGUGAUAUUUGUAUUUGUAACUCAGAAGGUCAAGUAUGUUUAGUUAAUGUUCAGUCUGAUGUAACACUAAAAGCAUGCAAUACAGUUAUAUCAUCGCGCAUCAAUUGUGUUGCUUAUGUUCCAUCACAUAAAGGUCGAAGAACCGGUAGUAGUAGUAAACAUCAUCAGCAUCAAAAUAUAAAAAAACAAGAAGAAGACGAGCAGCAAAAGCAUAAACAUGGUUUUACUGUUAAACAAGAGCCUAUUUCAAUAUCAAAUGAUACUGAUGUUCAAACAACAAUUGAUUCUUUACUUGACAUUGAUUCAAGUGAUGAUGAAGAUACAUUAACUGCAAUUAAUCAUGAAGAUAUUUUUUCCUUGAAUCAAUCAGAUCAAACAAUAUUAUCCCAACAAUGUCUUCUAUUAGAAAGUGAUAUUAAUAAUGAACAACAAGAUACAACAGAAGCUACUAUGUGGUUGGGAACCGAUGAUGGAGUAAUACUAAUAUUUCGAUGUACAGAAACAAUGAAAACAGUUGCGCGUAAAAGUCGUAUUGUAAAACAAAUGGGUUCUGCAAUUCAUUCCAUCUUAUAUACUGACAAUAAAGUAUUUGUUGCAUUAAGUCAUGGUGAAUUAGGCGUUUUUCGGCGAGAUAUGAGUGGUCGUUGGGAUUUAGAUUGUCCAACUAUUCGGUCAGUCGAAGAAAGUUCUAUUCGACAUGGAACUAGUGGACACAAUGAAAUCGAUGAUGGAGAUAAUACUGAUCCAAUAUCUGUUAUGACAUUAGCUGCUGGAAGAUUAUGGUGUGCCAUACGAGAUCGAAUAUAUGUUGUUUGCCCGAAUUCUUUAAAUGUUGAGCAUUCAUUUCUUGUCGAUGAUUGUCAUCGUCAUGUAUGCAGCAUAGCCACAGGUGGCUCAUUAAUGCAUCACGUAUGGAUAGCAUCACAAGGUUCACAUGAAAUUCGUUUAUAUCAUGCAACACAUUUUGUUUGUUUACUUGAAACAAGUAUAAGAACGGCAGUUACACAAAAACUACAAGCGUGCGAUGAUAUAAUUCGAGCUCAUAAAUUAGGUUGUUUACGUGUAAGUGCACUUCAUGUUUGUAAGGAAACAUUAUGGGUUGGAACAAGUGCUGGUGUUUUGAUAAAUAUAUCCGUGCCGCAAUUAAUUGAUUCUGGAAGUAAUAAAUUAAUAGCAAGUUCACUUCAAUUAAAAGCUUUAUCGUUUGGUCAUGCUGGACCUGUUCGGUUUAUCAUAUCAACUGAUACAACUUUUGCUUCAACAUCAGAAGAUUCAACAGGUGUUAAAACACUUGUACUCAGUAUUGGAGAUGGUUUUGAAGACUAUACAAAUAAUGAUGAAACCUUGGGUAAAGAUGACGCUCUUUCUCAUGUGAUAGUUUGGCAACUAUGA